AUGGAUUCUACAUGGAUGAUCAUCAUUAUUCUGGCUUUUCUUACUGAACCAGUGACAGCUUGUACCUCACGUCGAGACCUGGUUGAUUUGAUCAUAAACAAGAAACUGCAGAGUGCACCCCAGAGUGCAAACUGUGUUAUCAACGUAAACCUCACCAAAAUCCAGUAUGAGACACUUUCUGUUGACACCCAACGUAUGCAGUUCUCUAGCCGAGUUAAAAUUGAGAUGGAGUGGAUUGACCCAGACCUAGCCAGUGCAUGGUCCGACACAGGCUGUACAUUCGGCGAACUGAUGCUGCCUGUUAAUAAAAUAUGGACUCCAGAUCUCACUGUGGAGAAUGCAGUGUAUAUGAGUGUGAAGCCCAUUUCUAAUGAUAUACUGGUGAAAAGCGAUGGCACAGUGAAAAACAACAUUGCCAUGUACAUCACAGUCGUGUGCAGAAUCAACCUCUUCACCUAUCCUUUUGUGGAAGGUGAAUGCCCAGUAGCCAUCAACGGAUGGAGCCGCAAUUCUUGUGAGUUGCAGGUCAAGUAUGGUUUAGUACUGCCAGUGGGAUCUGGUCAGGGUGAAUGGGAAACUGUGGGAGUAGAGCUCAGCAUGGACAAAAACAGAAGUGACCAUAACUACCUUCAUGUUAAGGUGUCCUAUAACCCCUUCAAAGCACUGGUGUCACUGGUCCUGCCCAGUGCACUCAUCAUGGUGGCUGAUCUGGUAAGUUUUGCUCUGCCACUGGACAUGGGGAAACGCAGCUCCUUUAAAAUCACACUGGUGCUCAGCUUUACCAUGUUCCUUCUCAUCCUUACUGACUACCUUCCCAACAUCCCAGGACCCUGUAGUCCACUGAUACGUUAUCACUUCUGCUUCUGUCUGUUUGUUUUGGUGCUGAGUAUGCUGGUAUCCAUGGUGUGCACCAAGGUGGCUACGGAUGGAAACUUCAUAUCCUUCAAACUUCCAAAGCUGUGUAAACCAGAAAAUGGUGGAGCUAUGAAAUUUGUUGACAUGGCUACAGAUGGAAAGGCUAUAGAAAAGAUUGUGGAUUUUGUGGAGAAGAUGGACGAUAAGGAAAAGCAGGCAAAAAAGAAGAAGAAUCUUGCAAACAAGUUGGACAAAAUCAGUUUCUGGGUGUAUUUGUGGGUUGAUAUCAUUUACGGUGUAUGUUCAAUUGUUGUCUUUAACGUUAUAGACUGUAAAGUCAACAAUGAUAUCUGGUAG